AGGAAAUCCCACUUGUGUUACGUGCAAACUUUCCUGGUUCCAUUAUUUUCCUUGGUUUCGCUUGGUUUUUACGAUUUCGAUUGGUUUCGAAAUCACACGACGAAAUCACACAUUGUAUAAAGGAAUACAAGAUCUGUUUCUUGACCUUGAGAAACCGACGACAAAAGUCCAAAACGUGACGGCGCAGGAUAAUUAAUGAAAGUUGUCUUAACGUUGUUCGUGCUGAAAUCCAGCAUCCGCUUUUAAAUAAGGAUUUUCCAAGUGGCUCAAAGAAGUUUUUGAUAAUCUAAUUUAACAUCUGGUUACUGAAAAGUUAUUCCAAGAAGGAACGUAGGUAAGUUAAAUAUAAAGAGAGGCCCAACGCCCGGAAUUAUAUGUGACACUGGCAGACAUGGACCCACCUACUCAAGAUCUAGAAACAGAUUGUGGAGCUGUACCAAAGAAAUCAGAAGGUAAUGAGUCUCCAGAAUCGACCAACAUGACGCACUCUUCUUUGCCAGAGGGCUUACGCAAAAACCUGAUGAAUAACUUGCCGCAGGAAAGUAGUGUACAACUGUCAACCGAAAAUCUUGUUAGUAUACUUACAGAAAAAGAUCAAGAUUUAGCACAAGAAAAAGAGAAAGUAAAACAACUCGAAGAAGCUCUAGAAAGGACAGAGAACAGAAUGGCAAAUAUCAUGAAAGUUCAGCUCAAUCUUUCCCAAGAAUUUCACAGCUUACCAUUGAAAUUGGACUCUGGGAAAAGUGGCACUUCUGAUAAAAAUCAAACUGACAGUACACUAAGACCAAGGGGAUUGGCAGAUGCCAAUGAAGGACAGACAGAAAGCAUGGCAAAUAUGACAUCCCAGCUUGUACUGACACCUGGGAUUUCAAAAACAAUGUUUGACAAUGUUGUAAGGGAGAAUGUUAAAAUGAAGAAAACCGUACGAGAACUGUUGAAAAAGGAAGGAAUGGAUGUAAAAAUGUUCAUGGAGACAAAAGAAUUGGAGGAGGUAAUUAAAAAACUUAGAGAAGACUUGUUUCAGAAGCAAGGCCAGGUAGACCAACUAGAGAGGUUAAUUCAGAACAGCAGCGAUGAGCAGUCUCCAGCUUUGCUACAACAACUAACUGAACUCCAGCUCAAGGUACCUAAACUGGAAAAGGGUCUAGCAGCCAAGUCUCAGCUUGUUGACAGCCUUAGCCAGGAAUGUGAUAAAUUGCGAGGAGUUUGUACACAACUAAAAUCUAAGGCCGACUCUCUUGAAGUAGAAAACCAGAAACUUCAAAGUCAAAUCUCUUCCACUCCUAGGCAGAAUGUAGAAGAACUGGGUAGACAGAGGCAAGAGUUCCAGCAAGUGUUGGAAAAUUACCGAAAAGAAAUUGGAAAUCUACAGGGUCAUCUCAAACAAGAAAUAAUAGCACGGGAAAAAUUGCAACUUCAGUGUCAGGAAUAUGCAGCAAGUUACCAAGAGUUACAAGCUCGUCAGCCAGCAGGCAACAUGCCCCUCAGUCACAUUGAAUUGAGAGAACAAAUUACACAGCUUGAACAAGAAAGGGACUUGUUGCACUAUGAACUGAAAAAAACAAUGGAAGAAAAAAGUCUUAUAGAAACUCAGAAUGAAUUUUUCCGUGAAGAUUUUGCUACUGAACAAAGAGAAAAACAGAAGCAGAAGCAAAAAUACGAACUCUUCAUCAGCCAACAGCAGAUGCAGAUCAGACAGUUAAUAACAGAAAAUGAAAAAUUCCACAAACACAUCCAAGAACUAAGUAAAAGCAAGAACAAACAGUCAGCACCCUAUAUGGCAGGAUGCAGUGCUGCUAUUUCCUCUCCGUUGCCUUUAAACACAAACAGGGAAGUUAUGGCAGAUGGACCCGGUAACAUGCAACAGGAAGAGGAAGUGGAAUUAGAGUGUCCCAGAUGCAUGAGGCAGUUUACAGACUAUCAGAAAUUUACAGAACAUACACAAAAGUGCACAGAUUCUUAAAGUUAAUAUUGUGAAUACGUAUGCAAGUGUCGAACUGCUCAAUUUACUUUGGGAAUUGUCAAGAAAUGAAAAAAUAAAUGCAUAGCAUUGCCCAACAUAUAGUGGAAGAGCCAGAAUUCUAACACAUCAAACAGGAUGUCUUUAACUGGUCAAAACAGAUCUGUUAUUUUAAUGACGAACAUAGGGCAUUAUGUAUAUUAUAGUGUUUUCAGACUUGACUGCAGACAGUUAUCAAUAAUGUAUCUUUUAGUGCCUCACUGUCACCUCCGGUUAAUUGUUUUCAUUUUCUGUUUGUAGAAAAUGUUAAAAUGUUCCAAGAGACCCACUGAAAAGGGCACUUUAAAAUUAUACAUCUCCAUUUACUUUAGUUGUGAUUUAUAUGCCUGUCAUCAAACAUAUCAACAUUCAAUGGUGCUACCCUAACAUUAAGGUGUUUGUUAUUUGUUAAUGCUGCUGAGCUUUCAAAAUAAAGUUCGUUACCUACAUGA